AUGGCAAUAGAAAUAUCAGUGAUCACUGUGGGAGCUGUGUUGCUAGUUGCGCUGCUGUUGAUUUGCAUUUUGGGUCAGAGAGACAAAUCUUUAAAAGAAGAUCGCAAGGGAGGCAAGUCUAAAGUAGUUCAAUCUGGACUGCUGCAGUACGUCUAUCAGUUCCUUCCCUGCUCCUCUUCUCCUUCCCUCCCAGGUCCUCCCAGUCUCCUCCUCAUAGGCAAUAUGAUGGAGCUGACACACGACCAUCUGCCAAUUCACCUGACUGAUCUGGCACGGCGGUACGGAAACAUCUACCGCCUGAAAUGCGGAAACACAACCAUGGUGGUACUUAACAGUACUGAAGUCAUAAGAGAAGCACUGGUGAAAAAAUGGUCAGACUUUGCUGGGAGACCAGUUUCAUACACAGGUAAUAUUGUGUCUGGGGGAGGACACACCAUCUCUCUGGGGGACUAUAAUGAGGAGUGGAGGGCACAUCGUCGUCUCGUCCACAGUGCUCUGCAGCGUUGCUGCCAUCAAUCGUUGCAUGAAGUGAUUGAGAGACAGGCACUGCAUCUGAGACAGGUUUUGAUGGACUAUCAAGGCAGUGCUGUAGAUCUUUCAGAGGAUUUCACAGUGACAGCCAGUAAUGUCAUCACCACUUUGGCUUUUGGGAAAGAAUAUGACAAGAGCUCUCUGGAGCUGCAGCAGCUGCACAGCUGUCUGAAUGAGAUUGUUGGUCUGUGGGGCUCCUCCUGGAUUUCUGCUCUGGACUCCUUCCCACUGCUAAGAAAAUUACCCAAUCCUGUGUUUUCCCGUCUCCUAAAAGAAGUGGCCAAGAGGGAUGAAAUUAUAAGAGAACACCUCAACACUUACAAGUCACAGGACAAAAAAAACGAAAAUGCCAUCACAGGAUCCCUCCUCCACGGCCUUGACAAACAGAAUACAGAACAUGGAGUGCUCCUGACAGAUGUUCAUGUUCACAUGGCCACUGUGGACCUCCUCAUCGGGGGAACAGAGACCGCUGCAGCCUGGCUAAACUGGACUGUGGCGUUCCUCUUACACAGACCAGAGGUGCAGACAAAGGUGUAUGAGGAGCUGUGCACAGUGCUUGAGGGACGAUACCCCAAGUACAGUGACAGGCACAGACUUCCUGUCCUGUGCGCUCUAAUUAGCGAGGUGCUCAGACUCAGGCCUGUUGCACCGUUGGCGGUGCCGCACAGAGCCGUCAGAGACAGCAGUAUUGCAGGUUACUUCAUCCCUAAGAACACAGUCAUCAUUCCUAAUCUUUUUGGAGCUCACCAUGACCCUGCAGUUUGGUCUGACCCGUACAGCUUCAAACCAGAGCGCUUUCUGGAAGGAGGAGGAGGCUCCACUCGUGCCCUGAUCCCUUUUGGAGGGGGGGCUCGGCUCUGCUUGGGGGAGUCUGUCGCCAAAAUGGAGCUCUUUCUGUUCACUGCCUACUUGCUGAGAGAUUUCCAGUUCGUCCUUCCGGAGAGUGAGGCCUCUCUGCCCGACCUGAGAGGAGUUGCUAGUGUUGUACUAAAGGUCAAGUCCUACGCAGUUGUAGCACUACCGAGACCUGUGGCUAAUCCCUGAACCACAGAGGGUUUACUGCUUGUUGCUUAAAAUCUAUGCAUGAUUUUUUUUACUUUUAUAUGUGCAAAUAAUAACAAAACCUUCAUGUGUGUGUUUCUCAUCAAUAUUUCUUCUAUGUUCUAUUCUAAUUAAAAUGGGCUGUUAAUUGUUUC